AACGAUAAUCUAAUGACAGCGAAUAUUAGAAACGUUGUUACCUGUCCGCGUUGUUUCUAAUCUAUAAAUCCGCGAAGGCCCUGUCUGUUAGAGCAGAGAAGUUCCAUCUCUUUUCUCUUUGUUCCAAUUGCAAAGAGAAGAGAUCUCGCGUUCUUCAAGAUUUGUGCUUGAAAAUGGGGUUGUCUUUCACCAAGCUGUUCAGCAGGCUCUUUGCCAAGAAAGAGAUGCGUAUUCUUAUGGUAGGUCUCGAUGCUGCGGGUAAGACUACCAUUCUCUACAAGCUCAAGCUUGGAGAGAUUGUCACCACCAUUCCCACCAUUGGGUUUAAUGUGGAAACCGUGGAAUAUAAGAACAUCAGCUUCACUGUCUGGGAUGUCGGAGGUCAGGACAAGAUCCGUCCACUGUGGAGACAUUACUUCCAAAAUACACAAGGACUUAUUUUUGUGGUUGAUAGCAAUGACAGGGACCGUGCUGUUGAAGCUAGAGAUGAGCUGCAUAGGAUGUUGAAUGAGGAUGAGUUGAGAGAUGCCGUGCUACUAGUUUUUGCUAACAAGCAAGAUCUUCCAAAUGCUAUGAAUGCUGCUGAGAUAACUGAUAAGCUUGGUCUUCAUUCUCUCCGUCAGCGUCACUGGUAUAUCCAGAGCACAUGUGCCACGUCUGGUGAAGGGCUUUAUGAAGGACUUGACUGGCUCUCAAACAACAUUGCAAACAAGGCAUAGAGAGUUAUUAGUCAAGGGUGCAAGAAGUUGAGUUUACUUUCACGAUGUGAUCUCCAGCGUCUGAUUUACUUGCCCGGAUUAGAUUUUCAUUGCAACAUGUAUUAUUUUUCUUCAAAAAAGAACAGCAGUCUAUUACUGAAGAAUAAUUCGAAUUCAAUUUUUUCCAUGUAUAACCAAAUAGCAUUGUUGACCCUUUCAUAUUUUGAAUGAUUUAAAGUGUCAUGUUUAUUUGUAUGAA